AUGGCGGACCGGCGGCGGCAGCGGGCCUCGCAGGACAGCGAGGACUCGGACUCGGACUCGGCCGCCUCGGCCGCCAGCGCCGCCCGCUCCGGUUCCGGCUCCGGUUCCGGGUCACGGUCCCGCUCCGGGUCCCGCUCCGGGUCCCCGCGGCCGCAGCACCGCCCGCCGCGGGGCGCAGCCGGAGCCCUGAGCGCUGGGCCGCGGGGCCGCGGCGGAGCCGACAGCGCUGCGGGGGGAGCGGCCAAGAGCGCGCCCGAGUCCGAGUGUGAAAGCGAGGAUGGCAUCGAGGGAGAUGCUGUGCUCUCGGAUUAUGAAAGCGCAGAAGACUCAGAGGCAGAGGAAGAGGAUUACAGCGAGGAGGAAAGUGCCAAAGUGGAACUGAAGCAGGAUAGUAACGAUUCCUCUGGAUCAGCGGCAAAAGCGGAGAAAGGGGAUGAGAAACCAGAGUCUAAGGGUGCUGUGACUGGGGAGAGGCAAAGCGGGGACGGGCAGGAGAGCACUGAACCCGUGGAGAAUAAAGUUGGGAAAAAGGUUCCCAAGCACCUGGAUGAUGAUGAGGAUCGCAAGAACCCAGCUUACAUCCCACGGAAAGGGCUGUUCUUUGAGCAUGACCUCCGAGGGCAGACACAGGAGGAGGAGGUCAGGCCCAAGGGUCGUCAACGGAAGCUGUGGAAGGACGAGGGCCGCUGGGAGCACGACAAGUUCCGGGAGGACGAGCAGGCCCCCAAGACCAGGCAGGAGCUGAUCGCGCUCUAUGGCUACGACAUCCGAUCAGCUCACAACCCUGAUGACAUCAAGCCAAGGAGGAUGCGCAAACCGAGGUUUGGGAGUCCACCUCAGCGAGAUCCAAACUGGUCCAACGAGAGGCCCAGUAAGCCCCCAAGGCACCAAGGUGCAGACAGCACUUCAGCUCCCCCCCGAACCUUCACCAACAGGAGCUCUGCAGGGACGGGGAGGAUGCCCCCAGCCAGGAACUACCCAAGGCUGGGGGGCUACAAAGAGACCCGUCCAGGCUACCGAGCUUCAGAAGCCAGUAUCCAGCACCUGUCUCGGAACGGUGAGCAAGUGAAACAGGAGAGCAGCUACCGAGGGAAGCGCGCAGAGCAGUCCCCACCGAGGGACAAUUCACCCGAGGUGGAAGCAACACACGUCCACAGCAGCCCUGUAAGGGAGGAGGUUGCUUUGGAAAACCAAGCCACAGCUGCAGACGCUGCCCAGCCACCACCAGACAGACCAGUUGAAAAGAAGUCUUAUUCCCGGGCAAGAAGGACCAGAAUCAAAGCUGGGGAUGCAGGGAAGCUGGCGGAUGAAGUGCCCGCUUCAGAAGGGCUGGCUCCUGUGCCUCCAAAACCCGUGCAAGCUGAGACAUCCCUCCCACCAGCCAAGAGCAGCAACUGGGAGUCACCGGUAGAAUCCAGCUUGGAUGGACUCGAGCAAGAAAUGACCCAAAUGAAUCUCGCUGAGCAGAACUGGGCUCCAGGGCAGUCCCAGUUCAUGCAGCCCCGGGAGCUGAGGGGUAUUCCUAACCACCACAUGCACGUGGGAACUGGGCCACCGCCUCAGUUUAACAGGAUGGAGGAAAUGGCCGUGCAGGGAGGCCGUGUCAAACGCUACUCGUCACAGCGGCAGAGACCACCGGUGCCAGAGCCUGCCCCCCCCAUGCACAUCAGCAUCAUGGAAGGGCACUACUAUGACCCAUUACAAUUCCAGGGACCAAUCUACACCCACAGUGAGAGCCCAGCCCCACUGCCGCCCCAGGGGAUGAUCGUACAGCCAGAAAUGCACCUCCCUCAUCCAGGUUUACAUCCCCACCAGACGCCAGCCCCCAUGGCAAACCCUGGCCUGUACCCUCCGCCCGUCUCCAUGCCCCCGGGGCAGCCCCCCCCACAGCAGCUGCUGGCACCAACUUACUUCUCCCCUCCUGGAGUCAUGAAUUUCGGGAAUCCCGGCUAUCCCUACCCGCCGGGAGCGCUGCCCCCUCCGCCCCCUCCACAUCUCUAUUCCAACACGCAGGCCCAGUCCCAGGUGUAUGGAGGGGUCACCUACUACAACACUGUCCAGCAGCAAGUGCAGCCCAAGCCUUCUCCUCCUCGAAGGACAUCCCAGCCCGUGACUAUCAAGCCACCACCUCCUGAGGGAAGUCUUAACCUGUCUGAUCUUUGACAUGUCCCAUACUUCAGCUUCUCGUUGCAGGUGGUAAGCAAGGUUCCAGUUAAGUUGAGUUUCUAAAUACUUUAAAACUAAACCCGCAUCAAAAGUAAGUCCAAAGUUGACUCUUGCUUGUUUUGUUUUGUUUUAUUUGCUCAGGGUAGAGAGCAGAGCACUUUAGAGAGAGACAAAUCCAGUCCUAAGCUAGAAGGCAGUGACUUCUCUGCGAGAAUAAGAGUCAAGACCUUAGUAGAUAGCUCAGGCAGCAGACUUAAAGGCUUUCCAGAGGCAAGAGCUGUUUCUCUGCGCUGUGAAUGGCUUCCUCGCUCCGGUCCUGUGAGCUGUGUGUGUGCCAGGGUGCCACGUGUGUGUUUGCUUCCCUUUCUCCAUGCCUUGCUCAGCACAGAGGCAGCCGGAGUCACCCAACCAGCCCCAGCAGACCUGGCCAGGCUUGUGCCGGUGCUGAAGGGCUGGGGACACACAGAGUGUGUCCAUGCGCUGUGAGAUGCUCUCAUCACCUUGAUCAGAGCAUUUGAAAGGCCUCACGAUGGGAAGCUGUUUAACCCUGAGGAGAGCAGGGCUGGGGGGUGCUGGUUGUGCCCACACUGGGCAUGGGGGAAGCCAGAGGCCUGGGCGGGCGGUGGUUGUGGUUUGGCACCCGGGGAAGGAGGGUGUUCACUUGCAGCCCCCGCGCUGGUGUUGGUGCAGCCUAAAACCUCCACUUCUCCUUCCUCUUCCCCUCCAGGACAGCAAAGGUGAAAACCCCAAGGAGAGGAGCACCACGUAGAGGUGCAGCCAUGGGAACCCCGACCCCAGCCCCGGCAAGGAGGAAGCUCCUGGGGAAAGGCUUCUUCCCUGUGUAGGUGAGGCAGCAGGAGGACAUGGGCUGCACCGUCGUGCUCAGGGCCAGGCACCUUCCCCCUCUGGUUUUACCGGUGCCCUCCCAAGACUCAUCUCGCUGCUGCUGCUCUGCCCUCCUUCCCCUCCCUCCCUGCGGAUUCAAGCCCCAGGGCCUUGGCCACGAGUUCUCUCAGCUUCUCUCUCCCGUACUAAAUGUCUGCCCUUUCCCCUCCCUGUGAUGUUAAACUCCAUUGGCUUGAC